AGAAGACAUGGGACACCCAUGCAGUUAGCGUAUCACCCAUUCUAAAGGAAGUAGAGGAACUGAUUUCUUUGGUGAGCAUGAGUCCAAAGAACAACAUACCAGUGGUUCACAGGGUGGAGAGCACUGCCGACCUCUGGAUUGCCAUGCACACUCUGCACGGACUCAUCCAGCUUAUGCAAGGGGAGAGUGAGAGCACCCCCCACUUGGUGUACUGCAGCAAGUUCCUGCUCUGCAACCUCUGUCAUUUGUUGCUGUCACUGAGGAACGUGGAUGCCAAGACCUUUGAGAGUCCAGGGGAUUACCAGAGGGCCAUCGACAUGACUAACAUGCUUGUUCGCAAAGCUGAGAUGGUGUACAGCAGCCACAAGACCUACUGCCCUCCACCUGUGAAGGAUAAGAAGAAGAAGCAGUCAGCAGGCUGCUGGCUGCCAUGGUGGUGUGUGUUCCUGGGCUGGUUCCUGUUAUGGUCCAUCAGUGGUGUGUCCACUUAUUUUACUCUGCUGUAUGGCUUUCAGUACGGCAAAGAGAAGUCCAUCAAAUGGGUCAUUUCUCUGGGUCUCUCCCUCUUCCAGAGUAUCUUUAUACUCCAGCCUCUGAAGGUGUUAGGUGUUGCUGUGUUUUUUGCCCUGCUGCUGAAGCCUGUAAGAGUCGAAGAGAAUGAAGAAAUCAAGCAACUGUUGGAACAUCAGGAAAAGAAGUGUCAAGUGUACUCGGGCAUGGACACACUGUGAGGAAACCAGAAAGGCUGUCUUCAUCCAACAAGCACACAGCUACAAUCUGGCACCCGCGCUUUUAAGACACUGUUUUGCUCUUACAGGCUGUUUUACUUUGUGAAUAGAAAAACUGUGCAAUGCUUUCUAGUCUGCUUUUUAUGUAUGAAGAAUUUCCAGUGCUUUUAUUUUCUGAAGUGGCAAUACAGCAUACCUACUCAGGAACAUACAAUGUGAAAGACUGAUUCCCCCAGAUCAUCCAUCUCCAUCUCACACACCUUCCUUCAUCACAUCCCUAAUCCUCCUCUUUGGCCUCCGUCUUUUCCUCCUGCCUUGUGGUGCCAUCGUCAGCAUCCUUCUCCGUAUAU